UCUGCCGCGUUUUUUUUAACCUUUAAAAAAACGAACAUGUCGCACACCUACACCUUUCCUACUACAGACGCACUCUCCAGCGGCUUGAAUGACUUUGUCGCCAAACGCUCCAUUGAAGCUAUUGCAGAUCAUGGUGCCUUCACCGUCGCUGUAUCGGGCGGUUCGCUCCCCAAGCUGUUGUCCAAGGACUUGAGAGAAAACCCAGAGGUCGACUUUUCGAAAUGGGAAAUCUUUUGGGCCGAUGAGCGAUGUGUACCACUCGACGAUGCCGACUCAAACUAUCGCGAACUCAAGAUUCAUUUGCUCGAUGCGGUGCAUGGCCAACCCAAGACCCAUGCCAUUGGCAAUUUCGGCAAGGACGCCGAAAAGGCUGCGGUCGACUAUGAGCAGCGACUCAAGGAUUAUUUCAAAGGGUUGCCCGCGUUUGACUUGAUCUUGUUGGGUAUGGGUCCCGACGGCCACUGCUGCUCGUUGUUCCCCGGUCAUCCUCUGCUGAACGAGACAACGCGUUGGGUGGCUCCCAUCACGGAUUCGCCCAAGCCCCCACCCGAGCGCAUCACGCUGACGUAUCCCGUCGUCAACCAUGCAAAGGCUGUUGCUUUUGUCACUGCGGGUGAAGGAAAGCAGGACAUGCUUCAAAAGAUCUUGGAACAGCCUCAGCUCCAGUUGCCUUGCCAACGCGUUCAACCCCAAGGACCGGUAUACUGGUUCGUGGAUGAGGCUGCAGCCGGCAAGUUACAGAAACAGACUGUCAGCAAAUAUUAGGAAUAAGAAGGGAAUGACGCAUGUUUUUCUUAUUUUUUUCGCUUGUAUACACAUGGGGGAGG